AACUUUUUUUAGUUACACGCUUUCUGCAUUUUGAAGAUUAACUAAUGGAAAUAGGAUAUGUAUUAUUCGAUUUUCAAUAACCAAAUAAAUGAAAUCACAGACAUUGAUUUUUACCUGUUAAUUGAAUGUAACCUCUCGCGCAAUAUUUACGGAUUCUGAAAACCCAUCCUGGAAACCGACCUAGAAUAAUAGGCAAUCGAUUAAAGACUAAUUAAGAUAAAAACCUUGCCGUUUAUUAAUAUUGACAAAAAAGUGGUCUUUUAAACUGUUGAUUUAAGUUGAUCGAACUUUUAAGCCGUUCUUUAUUUAUCGUUUUAAAAAAUGGGAUAAAGUGCGUAAUUUUCGUAUUCACAAUGGAACCAUAAACAAAAUGGAGUCAAAAUUUUUAAUAAUUCUGUGUUACAUCUCUCUUCAACAAGUAUAUGGAUAUGGAAACAAUACAACACUAUCUUGUUUUGACUGUGAAGAAGAAUUUGAAGAAAGAUGGGAUCCAUAUACAGAUUGUCAAGUGUAUCCACACAACACACCUUUGAGACCUUGCUUGGACAUUGAAAUGUAUUGUAUGGUAGAAAAAGUUACUAUUUAUGGAAUGACGACGAGUAUAAAACGAAGAUGUACUUCCGAAUGUUACUAUGGCUGCAGAGCACAUAACUUUGGUCUGACUACUAUGAAAUGUACGUCGUGCUGUCAGUAUGCAGGCUGUAAUAUAGAUGGAUCAGCCUCGAUUUCAUUCAUAUUUGGAACAUAUAUGUGUGUUUUGACUUUUUGUUUACUAGUGACGUUAUUGACAAAACAGUAACCAACCAUUUGUUCUACCUAAUCAAUUUCUUUGAUAUUUUGCCAAAUCUAUUUACCGAUCAAGAUGAUGACAUCGUGUGCCUUUAAUAAUAUUUCAUUGAUGAUAAAUAUGCUUUAUGAUAAAGACAAUAAGUUACUUGAAGAACAGGAUAACAUGCCCAAGGUGAAUACAUCGCUUGAGAACAUUCACAUUAUUAAGAAGUAUAGUUUCACGACAAAACAAAUGUUACUUAGUGAGUCGAAAGAAUCGAUGAAUGUUUAAGCGAUAAUCAACAUCAUCAAUUAUAUUAUCUAUUGGGACAUAUAUAGUGACUAUAGGAUAGAACAAUGAAAUAUAACAACGCAUUACCUUUAAUCUUAUUCGCCAAACAUUGUAUCACCUUAUGUAAUAUAAGUUGUUGCCAAAACAAAGUAAAAUAUGUUCAUCCAUUUA